GUUUUUUCUUCUUCUCCCUCUGCGUGAAAUUCCUCAAGUUAGUUUCUUUUGUUUGCGUGUCAGCAACGAGAGUGAGUGGAUAUCUAGCAUUUGUAUGGUCCCCCGACCCGAAGCAGGCGACGUUGCGACACGCAGAGUCCUCUCCCCGGGCCGGGAGAGAGAGAGAGAGGGGGGGGGAGGACGAGGGGGAGACUCCCGAUGCAAGGGGAGGGAAGGGGGAGAUAACCAGGGGCCGUGGAGGAAGGAGCGGCGGUUAUGUGGCAAAACUCUCCGCCUCGCUGAAGAGUUGUGUUCUCGUUUGCGUGUUUGUGGAUACAGAGAGAUGGAAGGGGAGAAGGAGCGACAGAGGCAGCAAGGGGAAGAGAAGGAGAGCAACGAGGCAGAGGACAACAGGACGAGCGACGAGGACGCCGACAAUGAUGAAGAGGAGGAGAACGAAGAUUCCGAAUGCGCAGCCCUGGUCUGGCAAGAGGGCUACGGCGAGGACAACCUGGGGCUUCCCAUCAUGCACUGGGAGGCGCUAAGCCUGCGCAUUGCAGAGCUGGAGAAGCAGGAGGAGGCAAACAAGGAGAAGAGGGCAAAGAGGGGAGUUUCUCUGGAGAGAGGAAGAGCACCGGUCAGCUGGACGGAGGAGAGAGGGAGAAGAAGGGAGAGCUGGGAGGACGGAGAUGAUGCCUGCAACAGCCACGUGCUGGCGCUCACCUCCCGCCUGCAGACGCAGAUGAACCUUCAGCUCUGCUUCAUCAACAACAGUGAAAGUGAGGAGGAGGAAGAGGACAAGCAGAAGAAAGGGGCAGCUCAGGUCCAGAAGAGUCCUCAGCCUCCUGCCAAGCCGGAGAAACCCAAAUCCAGAGGCUUCAGGAACACCCUGAAGAACCUACGGGAUCGACUGAGAACUGACCACAAGACGAUGGCUGCAGCUCGUACUGAACCUGUAGUCCAGAGAAAACAUGUUGAGCGAAGUGAUCUACAGAACCUCAGCAUGAAGGACCUGAAUGCACUUUGUGCGUCUCUCAGCCAGAAUAUCCAAGACCUGAGCUCAGACCUGGUGGGCCGCCUGCAGGCCCGAGACCAGCUGAGGACAGAGCAGGACGCCAUGCUGCUGGAGGUGCAGGACCUGACGUCGCUGUGAGCCUGCGCAUCGCUCCGAGCCGGAGUUCCUGCAGACACACAAUAUAAUAUGUUUUAAGCCGGCCUCCACAAACAUCUCAGUCAGUCCCUGUGCAUGUCGGUCUGACCAGCCAAACAAUGUGAAGAGUGUCACUCCCCGAGAGGACAAAGACAUUCCGUUUUAAUGUUACUCAGUGCAUUGUGUAUUUAUAAGGAAACUUUUGUCUACCAGCAGUGGUUUGAAACUCAUGGCAGAACCAGCUGUGUUCAGUCAGAGCUGUACGGUACGGCCGACAAACAUCUGGGCAGUGGUUUCUGACCUGAGAGGAACGCACUGCCAUCCUUCACCUGGGUCACGUUUAGCUUAACCCAAUAGCGCCACGUUUGUGGGCGGUUCUGGACACGGAGAGAUGGCGCUGACACGUGUCCGACAUCCGAGUGGUCUCCCAAAGCAUCCAAGUAGUGUUGAUGGAGUCCAUCUCCAUUUUUCCUCAUUGUGGCAUUUUAUGACCACUUGUGCCGCUACGGAGCAACAUUUCCAUCAGCAGAUCCCAGCGCUCACAAGUACAGUAUGUCAUAAUACUGAAAGUACAAAAAUAGCAGAGGGGAAAGACUUAAGGUUUGAUGGCUAUUUUCCUCUCCCCUCCUGAGUUACACUUAUUGUUUAUAUUUUUUUGAAGUGAUAACCUUAAACAGUUCAUUAUUAACAUCUCCAAUGCAAAGAGUUAUGCUCUACUAAUAUUGAAUGUUGAAAUGUCAUUAACAGAGUUAAUAUUUAGAACUGUAAGGGUAUUUUUAAGUGCUAUUCUAAGUCCUCGGAAUCAAGUAACUAGUACUUAGUCUCCACUACAUCUUAGUGUCCGUAAUCAGAGUAGAGAGUAAAGUGUGGCUCAUCUUCUGUGAACAAAAGGAUUCAGAAGGGACUCCUGUUAAAAAGCUGCUAAUUCCGUCAACCGAGAAUUAUAUUUAGUUUUUCUACUUGUGUAGUUGUCUAAUUAGUUUUUUAAAUUUUUUUUUAAUUCAUGUUUAUCUUUGUGCAGCCUUUCUAUUUGGUUCAUAACCAACUUCCAACAGGAAUAUCCUGUAUUCAUCACAAACAAAUAUAUGAAUGCUUCACACCGUUAGAAACAUUGGAGUCUUGGCUGCAAUCGGCACUUAUCCGUUUAAAAAUACUUCUAAUACAACUCCAACAAGUUAUUAAAUAUGUUAUGCAAAUAAUUCCGGAAGAUUUGCACACGGCAGUGCUUAUGUACACUUUCUCGAGAAAAUGAGACACCAAACUGCUAGACGACGCAAGUAUUCAUACGACAGAAGGGCAAUGCAGAUUUUGACUCGUUUUGUUUCUCUGCAAUGAGGCACAAAAGCGUCUUCAAAAGUAGUUUCUCUUUAGACUGAGCAGCGGCCCUUAUGUAAAAUUCAAUUAAGCCCAUGUUUAUUAUCUUAUUUUCAACAAAGUAUUUUUCUUUUGUGGACAUGGGAGAAGACACUCUAAUCGUUAUGUUCAAUUUAAUUUCUUGACAUUCCGGGCACAACUUCUUGAUAAUUCACUUUGAAUAAACAUGAUACAAAUAUGACUGUGUUUUUUUUAUUCGCUGUUAAACUACCAUCAAUAAAACUCAAGACCUAUGCAUACUCUGUUUUAAAUUAAAAGCCCUUUAGCAAUAUUAGAAAGGGUUCUCGCUGUCCACAGAAGCUUAAGAGCAAAUCACUAAAAAUUAUUUUGAAUUUACCAUUUGCACUUGUAUACAUUUAAUUUAAUUACCUACUUAUAAGAAACUGUAUUCCUGUAUGUGCAGCACACAUUUAGAAUAUGUACAAAGUACUAAAGUAGUGAUGUUAGCUCAGUGCACAGACGUCCAAUCAUCUGUCUGAUGAUUCCUUAACAUAAAGAUUAGCUUCAUUACAGUGUUAUUUCACCCAUAAGUGCCUCCGUAUCCAUGUGAUCAUUAUCGUCAUGUUAGUUAGCUUAGAUGGAAGUACGAGAACAAGAUCCCGUUCAUCCGUAAAUCAUUUGGAAAAACAGUAGAUGUUUUCUGGUACUAAUCUGUGUGUCGAAGAAAUUAAACUUACCAUACUGCCCUUUUCAUUUUGU